UGCUAACGGUUCUCUCGUGUUCAUCAACUUGGAAUACUGCGCACCAUAAGGAUCUACAACUCAUCAUGAUUUUUACGAAAUGGAUUAACAUACCUGGAUAUUACCACCUAUAAAUUCUACCAAGUAACCUGUCUGGUUUUAGAUUUUCUGAUUAUCAACUACUUCAGAGAGUACUUUUCCCCCCAACUAUUGGACACAUUUUUGCGCACACUGUACACCAUGGCAAAUACUUGCUUACAGUUCACGGGUUUUGUGAUGAGUUUUCUUGGUUGGAUCGGGCUUAUCAUCGCCACUGCCACUAAUGAAUGGGUAGUCACCUGUAAAUAUAACAUGAACACCUGUAAGAAGAUGGAUGAACUGGAGGCCAAAGGUUUGUGGGCAGACUGUGUGAUCUCUACUGCGCUGUAUCACUGCAUCACACUCACGCAGAUUCUCGAGCUACCAGCGUACAUCCAGACAUCUCGAGCAUUAAUGGUCACAGCAUCGAUUCUCGGAUUGCCUGCUGUCGCGCUCGUGCUCAUGUCCAUGUCCUGCAUCAACCUCGGAAGUGAACCAGAAAGCGCCAAGAACAAAAGAUCAGUGCUCGGAGGAACCAUAAUACUGCUGACUGCUUUUUGCGGCGUCGUCUCCACCGUGUGGUUUCCCAUCGGUGCCCAUCACGAGAGGGGCUUGAUGUCCUUCGGCUUCUCCCUGUAUUCGGGCUGGGUUGGCACUGCACUUUGUUUGCUGGGAGGCUGUAUGAUCACCUGCUGUUCAGUGGACACCCCUGCUACAUACACUGACAACAAUCGAUUCUACUACUCCAAACAGGGCCCCGCUCAUUCCGGCCCCGCCUCCACUAACCACGCCAAAAGUGCUCACGUUUGAGCUUUGAGAUUGCUGCUCAGAUCUGAUUUCUACUCUGUUUUUGCUCUCUCUCUCUUUCCACUGUUUCUUGUUUCAACAAUGUCUCUAUCUACAGUGGUGACUCUUUGGAUAGUUAUAGUACAGCUAAACUUUGAUCUUUUGACGUGGCAGCAGGGUUAGUCACCCAAAUGUUACAUAAGAAAGGACAGUUACUGGUGAAGGACCAGCAAUGAAGGAUCCAGUGUUUAAAGGGUCUUCUACUGAUUCUGCUCAGUACAAUGUGCCAUUCUAAGUCCUAUUUUUGUAGUGAGAAAUUAGUUUUUGCAUUUUUAUAUGAAUAUUAACAGUAUUGCCAAUGUUGUUUUUAUUCUAAAUCUUUCAGUUUAUUUCAGUCUGUUUGUACAGCUAUGUUUUUGUUUUGAUCAAUUUCAGACCAUUUCAGAAUAGCCGUCCAAACACUACACCAAAAUUGGACCAAAGCAGUAAUUAUUGAGCAAUAUUAUUUAUUGUUAUACUUCUAUGCAGUUUUUAUUAAGUUUGUUGUAAUAAACAAUGUUGUCCAUGUGAAAAUGCCUGUGAAGUUGUUUUUUAAUUAUAGGCAACAUGCCAUUUUUAUAAAUAAAACCCUCUGUGCUGGGAAACUGAACUGAAUUGUUCUCCGCAGGACUGUAUACUGUCGAGAACGCAGUGUCUGCUGUCAGAUGCCCAGGCAGGUGUAGUGCAUCAUCAUUAAACCUCUCAUUCAUUCUCACUAAAAGCGCUCGAUACACACAUACAGUUCAGGCACCCAAGACAUGUACGCAUAUCGAUUUCUCUUACUCCAAUGAGAAACUCGCCCCAUUACGACCAAUGGGCAACUCAAUGACUGGCAGACAGCGCUGAUUAAAGGUUAACGGUCACAUUUGGCCAUAAAGGAAGAUUUAUGCUCCGGUUGCGACGAGUCUCCGUCUUUGUUCUCUGGUUGUGGUCCUUGCACUGAAUGCUUCCUGUUAUACAUGGAGUUUCAGUGGGCAUACAGUCAAAAAUGUCUGAGGAUAUAAACAGCAUCUGAAUGUUUUUAUGCAUUAUGUAAAAAAGAAAACAGAAAAUUUAACCACUGCAGUAUGAUUUAUCUGUGUAGGGUGAUGUCAAAUAUUGCUUUUCAUAGAUCUUAUACGUUCAGUCUUUGGUUAGAGGUAGUUUGGGGUGAAGAAAAUUCAAUGAAAAAUUGUAUUGGAAUCUACAGUAUUUUUCUUUUCCAGGUAUGGCUGCAAAUAACAACCUAAAAGCAGAAGGGGAGACAGAUGAAGCAUAGAUUGACUUGAAUUAGAAGGAAUCAGGAAGAUGAAAACUUAUUGUUUAUACAGCCUUCAUUGGAGAGAAGUUGUUUAGCACUUUUUUUAAAGGGUCAUGAAACACUAACACAUUUUUAAGAGGUUAACAAAUACUUUGUGUUGCAGAUAAUAGGCUAUGCAUGGUACUUUAUCUGAAGAGUAAA